AGAGAGAGAAUCGAUAAUUCAGAGUAUUAUAAGUUUAUAACGAUAUUUUGGAAAAUAUAUAAAAAAAUUUCACCCAACUUUAAACUGGUCAGCUUGUGGGAGUUCAUUUCUGAGAUUUAUGUCUUUGAGCAGUCAUUUCUGGGUUAGACUGAAAUUUGGUUGUUCCUAUCUGUUAAAAACGGACACUUGCUCCUUGGUUUUUGUCUUUUUCCUCACUAGCUGAUCAAUUUUGAGCUUCAAGGGUUUGUCAAGUUUGAUCUACUUUCCGUGUGAUCUAGCUCUUUUCUCAGCUGCGUCAUCCUUUUUUCCACCAAAUUUAGUUGGGUUUUGAGGAAAGUUUGGAAAUUUCAGAGCUUUCUGGUGAUUUUUUAUAUGGUUUGUGUGGAGGGCUAGAGGCAGUUUUUGACUGGUUUUGUUGUUGGGGGUGGGAAAGUUGGUGGUUGGGUUUUUUUUUUAUGGUAUCUGGAUUUCAUUCUUUAGGGUUUGUGAAAGAUGGGUUUGGGAGCUGAGAAUGGUAAAGUGGAGUCUUGGAGCAUGUGCAAAUCGAAGGUGAGGAAGAAGAAGAAGAAAGAUGAUGAUGAUGAUGUGGAGGAAGAGGAGACUGGGUGUUGGGUUAGGCUGAGGUUCUUUGGGAGCUGCAUUUCUUCAAGAUCCAAAGUUGAUAGCUCAAUCAGUGGAACCAGUACUCACUGUGGAUUCGCUAGGAGAUGGUGGGAGCAUGCAAAUAAAAUUGUGGUAGCAGUGGUGAGGAUGUGUCAUACUGAAACUAAAUCUACAAAUGAUACAAGCAGAGACCAACCUACUGCUACUGUAGUCUCUUCCUCAACCACUAGUAACACAGAAAGUAAUGCAUCCACUUCCAAACUUGAAGAGGAACUGAAAGUUGCUUCGCGGUUACGAAAAUUCACAUUUAAUGAUCUUAAAUUGGCAACAAGGAAUUUCAGACCUGAAAGUCUUCUUGGUGAAGGUGGUUUUGGUUGUGUGUUCAAGGGGUGGAUAGAAGAAAAUGGAACUGCUCCAGUAAAACCUGGCACAGGGCUUACUGUUGCGGUUAAAACUCUUAACCAUGAUGGGCUUCAGGGUCAUAAAGAAUGGCUGGCUGAAGUAAAUUUCCUUGGUGACCUUGUCCAUCCAAACUUAGUUAAACUUAUAGGAUACUGCAUUGAAGAUGAUCAAAGGCUGCUCGUGUAUGAGUUCAUGCCUCGAGGGAGUUUGGAGAACCAUCUGUUUAGGAGGUCCUUGCCUCUUCCAUGGUCAAUUAGAAUGAAAAUUGCAUUAGGUGCUGCUAAAGGUCUUGCUUUUCUUCACGAGGAAGCAGAAAGACCUGUUAUAUAUCGGGAUUUUAAAACUUCCAACAUCUUAUUGGAUGCAGAUUACAAUGCCAAACUGUCUGACUUUGGACUUGCCAAAGAUGGUCCUGAGGGUGAUAAAACCCAUGUCUCCACCCGUGUGAUGGGAACUUAUGGUUAUGCAGCUCCAGAAUAUGUAAUGACUGGACAUCUUACAUCCAGGAGUGAUGUCUAUAGUUUUGGCGUGGUUUUACUUGAGAUGCUGACUGGCAGAAGAUCUAUGGACAAAAAUCGACCGAAUGGUGAACAUAACCUUGUGGAAUGGGCACGGCCACAUUUAGGCGAGAGAAGAAGAUUCUACCGAUUGAUAGACCCCCGGCUUGAAGGCCACUUUUCAAUAAAAGGUGUCCAAAAAGCUGCACAACUAGCUGCCCAUUGCCUUAGUCGAGAUCCUAAAGCCAGGCCCCUAAUGAGUGAAGUUGUUGAAGCCCUAAAGCCGCUGCCAAACCUCAAGGAUAUGGCAAGCUCAUCAUACUAUUUCCAGACCAUGCAAGCUGACCGCGUUGGGUCCAGCCCGAAUACCAGAAAUGGUGUCAGAACACAAGCAGGAUUGCUAACAAGGAAUGGGCAUCAUCAGCAGAGGAGCCUCUCAAUACCAAAUGGUUCCCAUGCUUCUCCAUAUCACCAUCAAUAUCCCCAUCAAUCACCAAAACCUAAUAGCAAACCUUAAGAUAGGGUUGGCAGCUGUCUGUAUCAUUUCCCACCCCAUUGUCAGCAAUCAUUUUCCUUUCUUUUUUUUUUUUUUUUUUUUUUUUUUUUUUCUUCCUUUUACCUCUUCUUCGGUAUAGAUGUAUCAUCUGUUAAAGCAUUUGUUCAUGGACAACUCAAAAAGCAACAGAGAAACAUGUUUGCUUGAUGUUAUGUUUAGAGUGAUGACCUCGAAGAAAGGGCAUGUGAAGUUUAUUGAACAAAUUGUAUUGGUUAGAAAUACCAAGACAAGAUUGUUGCCUCCCGUUACAUUAUAUCCUUUGUCAUCUUGUUCCAUAGAUGAAUACAAGUCCUUGUUUCAUGGUCA